AUGGAUCUCGCCUACGAUCACAUCCAGGAGGACCCCAACGCCAAGGAUCAAGGUGCCGCAGGCGAGGGUUCCAAGUCCGACCAACCCCAGCCGUCGCUGAACAGCGAGAUUCAAGAUGCAUACAAGGCCUUCUCGAAUAGCCCCUGGGGUUCCCGGAUUGGUGGGUUCCUUGGCAAUGUAGUUAAGCAGGGUGGUGAUGUAUACACGCAGGCCUCUAAGGAACUGGCCGAGGUCAGGGAAGACGCAACCAAGGGACUCUCCGACCUCCAAAAGUCCAUCAUCGAGCAGACACGACACAUGACCGUCAAGGACGUAACCCUGAGCUCAGAUGUGCUGGAGGAGAACAAGGAUGACGCAGCACAGUCCAGAGAUCUUCCAUCCGAUGGCCAGCCCAGCGAAACGAUGCUUUCCCGCCUUAGAGCGGAGGCAGCCAAGCGCCUGAAGGAUCUCCAGCGAGCAGAAGACGCAGCGGACGAGGCCCUAUUCCGGUUCGGCGGUAAUGUUCGCGAUUUCUUACGAGACGCCGUUAGCAUUGCACCCAGCGACGGUACCGAGGGUGGAAGUACCGUACUUUUCGAAAGCAAGGAUUCCAAGGGGAAGCGGGUUUUCCACACUUCACGAUUCGAUGCACAGCUUCAUGUUAUUCACACCACUACGGACGGGUUCCUCAAAGAUCCUGCGGCAAACGAAUAUGAUAUCUGGACAAAGGAAUUCGAUGUCGAGAAGAAGACAGGUGACAUCAGCAACGACCUUACGAAAUACCCUGAGCUACGGACCACGAUGGAGAAGCUCGUCCCAGAUCAGAUCCCAUAUGCUGAUUUCUGGAAGCGCUACUACUAUUUACGACAUGGAAUUGAGACUGCCGAGGCUAGACGAAAGGAUCUCCUGAAGGCUGCGGCAGCUGAAGACGAGGUUGGCUGGGGCGAUGAUUCGGAUGACGAAGAGGAGGAUGACGAGAAGGAAGAUGCCAAGAAGGAGGUGUCCAAGAAGGAGGAUGCCAAGAAGGCAGAGCCUAAGAAGGAAGAGCCCAAGAAGGAGGAUGCCAAGAAGGCUGUUCCCAGCAAGCCAGUUGCUAAAGAGGAGUCCUCCGACGAGGAUUCUUCUGAAGAAGAUUCUUCCGAAGAGGAGUCUUCCGACGAUGAUGAACCCCCCAGGCCCAAAACAUCAGGUUCUGUCGCGUCCUCGAGAACCAUCCAACCCACCCCGAAGGGUCCAUUGAAGGCAGCCGCACCUCGCAACUCACACGACGAGAAAUCCCAGGCCGAUAGCGAAGCAAGUUACGACGUGGUUGGCGCGGCAUCUGGUAAGACCAGCCAGGCCCCCAACAGUCCCAAGGACGCGAAGAAGGCAGACGACGACGACAGUGAUGAUGACUGGGAGUAA